AAGGCGGGGAAAAUAGUUUUUUGUCUCGCACAUUAUUAAUGAAGUAAUUUAUUAAUUAUUAGCUAUUAGUAAUCACCCAAUUAUUUUGUGUUUAGGUCUUGGUAUGAAUUUACAGUGUUCUUGAAGUAUAUGGCAUACAGUUACAUAGCUAAUGUCCACUAUUUUCAACAGUUUGUGGCUGGUAGCAACUAAUUUAUAAUGGGUUCUCUAAAAGAAACCAAAUAUUCUCUUUCAAACUUAUCUUCUCAUGUUAAAGUAACAUCAGUCGAGUCGUCCUUAGAACAAUGCCUAACCAAAAUUCAAGAACUAGUAAUGGAUUAUGAACAACUGAAGACAAACUAUAAAGACUAUGAAGCUCAGUACUUGAUACAGAAGGAAAAAUGUGAAAGCAAAACCUGUAAUAGUUCUCUGGAGUUAAAAAGAAUUAAUGAAAUGAAAGAUAACAUUAUACAAUCAGUUGCAUCUGCAAUCACAAAAUUAAAUGAGACAAGAGACUUUAAUACAAUAAAUGAAAUAUUUAGUAUUAUUUAUGAAGAUACAGCAGUCUCAGAUGAGUCUAGAAAAAGUCAACCAGAAAAAAUACAAAUUAAAAAAUUACUAGAACCUAUGGAAACUCAAGAAAUUAAGGAAGCUCAUGAAGAGUCCAUAUCUGAAAUUGAAGGCACACCAACUGGCAGAAAAAGUCCAAUAAUAUUCAGCAAAGUAUCAAAAAAUAUAACGAGGGAUAAGAAGAAAUGCCCAAAUAAUUGGGGCUCACCAGAAACUAAAACAAUAAAACUAACCAAAACCCCCACAAGGUCUGCAAGUGGCAGGCUUGUGCAAACAAGACUGACUACGGUUAAAGUGAAACCAAACUGUUUUGUGGACCUCACAAAUUCACCAGAAUUGAAGACUGAAAAAAUUACUCUUGACACUAUACAGGUGGAUUUGAAACAAGAAGAGUUAGAUGAUGAAACUAUAUUGCCAUCGCCAAGCGGGCUUGUUAACUUUCAAUCACUACAGAAAUCACUGAAAUGCAGUCCACAUAAGUUCAAAAAGCCUAACCUGUCUUUAAAAUCUAAACUUGAGAGUAUGAAAGCUGGAGGAAACGGGAUGAUCAUUGCUGAUGAGAAUUUGUUUGAUUUUAAAACUAAAACUGAUAGGUUCAACUCGCCCAUGAAGCUCGAAGUACAGUGCACGGAACAGGUAGCGGACGAGAGCAUGUCCCUACUGCGGCAGAUGUGCAAGUUUGACAAGAACGGCGAAGAUCUACCUAAACCGGGCACUGUAAGUCCCAAUAAACGACCGCUGACUGAGAAUAACAAUAUAGUGAAUGUAAAAAACCGGUUUGAUUCCGAGAACAGCAUGUCUAUACUGAAGAACAACCCUAUUACAAGUGUCACAAGUACAACCACUGUUGCUGAGGACGGUGAAAAGAGAGUAAAAAACGUGGAGCCGGUUUACAAAGAGCCGACCGUCAGGAAAAAAUCUGAGAAAAGAGCGUUGAAAGGCUGGAGUUGUGAGCAAUGCAAAAUCUUCUACGACGAGCUAUACCGUGACGAUCCUGUGAUGCUGGCCAAGAAGAUGGAGGAGUGCUCCAAGCACCGCGGCCGCCACAACCCCGUCCGACCCAAGACCCCCCCAGGGUACUGGAACCCGAGGUGGGAAGUGCCCACGGAUACAGAAGAGUUCAAUAGGAGGAACAAUGCAUUAUAACAGUUAACUUGUACCAUCAAGGAAAUUGAUUCCUAAGCAGUUGAUAGACCAACGGCAUUUGGUCGGAUCAUGACAAUAAUUCAAUGUUAUCUGUCGGCUGGGGACCUAUCUGCCUGGGAAUCAACUUCUCUGAUAGUACUUUUUUUAAGUCUGUUCUUAUUUAUAUUGAUAGAAAGAUAAAAUACCUAUAUUUUCUCUGGUGCAUUCAAUGGUCAUCCAUUUUCCACCUGCAUUGUGGACAUUGUUUGCAUCCAGAUCAAAAUGAACCACAACAGAUAAUUGACUUUUUGAAAAACUAAUUUUAUCAUUAAAAGUGAUGUAUAUCAUAUUUGAUACAACAAUACUAAAUACAUAUCACCUACCUCAGCAGUAUAUCUGUAUAAAUGAAAGAUAAGAAGUAUGUUAUUAUUAAUCUAAUCUAAUUAGCCGUUUGUGUCCCACUGCUGGG